CGUGUGAAAUUAUGAAAAAACUAAUAAUUGGCCAAUCGAAGGCAGUCCAAUAGUGUUUGACCACAGAGCAUGGGACUGAGGGCGACGGCUUAAGGAUACACACACGCACCGUUCACCGCUUAACAAUCUCUGCAAUAAUUUUGUGUGCUUUAGCUCGGACGAAAAAACUUAAAGAAAAGAAGCAAACAUGAACAGCGAUGAGGUGGCAGUGAUCAAGAAGACCUGGGAAAUACCCGUGGCCACACCAACAGACUCUGGCACUGCUAUUCUAGUUCAGUUCUUGAAACGCUAUCCUUCCAAUAUGGAGAAAUUUCCAUUCCGUGAUGUGCCAGUCGAUGAUUUGGUUACCAAUGCUCGAUUCCGUGCCCAUGCAGGUCGUAUUAUUCGCGUCUUUGACGACUCCAUACGCGCCCUAGGCCAGGAUGGUGAAUUGGAGAAGCUCGAGGAAAUUUGGACCAAGGUGGCCAUGAACCAUAUACCUCGGCAAAUAACCAAGGAGUCCUACAACCAACUCAGGGGCAUUAUAUUGGAAGUGCUCACAGCUGCCUGCAAUCUGAAUGAAUCACAAGCCGAGGCGUGGAGCAAACUGGUGGAUCAUGUCUAUAAGAUUAUAUUCAAGUUCAUCGAUAACGACGGCAAUGCUGUCUAGAAAGUGAAAUGAUGAGCAUCAGGAUGAUGAGGAUGAUGAUGAUGAUAGGGAGGAGCGAUGGGGAGAAGAAGUGUGGAGCAGUGGAGAGGUGGCGGAAGGAGGAGCGACGGCGGUCCAAGGCACAGCUUAUGUAUAUUUAAGGAUCAUAAAUGUUAGCUAUGUUUUUCAUUUUGUAAUAAUGAAUAUAUAAGUCAUGAAAUAUAUAAUUACUGUAUGUCUGGGUAGUUUUUGUAGCUUUUUAGCAUAAAUAUCAAUUAAAAUUCUCGCACAAACACAGACAAACACACGCACACACACACACACACACACACAUGCACAUUGCUCUGUAAAGCUUUAACCCAUUGUCAGCCUUAUGCACGUAAUAAAAAUAGGCCGCUUGUAGCCCGAACCAUGAAA